CCUUUUGAGAGGUGUCUCUAAGAUGGCGCCGAAAAGAGACAAGAAGCCAAAAAAACUAACUUGCAAGUAUAAUCUUGAUCUCACCCAUCCGGUAGAAGAUGGAAUAUUCGAUUCAGGAAAUUUUGAACAGUUCCUGAAGGAAAAAGUUAAAGUCAAUGGAAAAACAGGAAACCUGGGAAAUGUAGUUCACAUUGAACGCUUGAAGAACAAGAUCACAGUGACAUCUGAACGACAGUUCUCUAAAAGAUACCUUAAGUAUCUCACUAAGAAGUAUCUCAAGAAGAACAACCUCCGUGACUGGCUGCGUGUGGUGGCCUCUGAUAAGGAGACCUAUGAACUGCGGUAUUUCCAGAUCAGCCAUGAGGACGAAGAGUCUGAAGCCGAGGAAUAAAAUUCCUGGUGCUCCCAGUUGGGAGUGUGGCCUUUUUAAAAUGAACUUACAGCAUGUGCAAAUGAAACAUCUAUUUAUGAGAGUGCACUAACUUAUUGCCAAAUAAAGAACAUUCACACCUAAUUUAAAACAUCAGGGCUCUGUGAGAGAUUGGGAUGCCUUGUACUUCCCAAGCUGCAUUAAAAGGCUUUUCUGAUGAA